CACCGUUCGAAUUCUGCCAGGAAGAAACAUGGCUGCCUACUGUUCACCGACGGUAUUUUUAUUUACGUUUCGUCUGUUAUCUGUUUUAAGACAGACAGAGGAAGAAAGAGCCAGUGACAGAAGCUACAUUGUGUAACAAUUCAAUUCAAUCAGUCGUUACAGUUUUGGUAAGAAGGCGCCAUUUUUCCGGUCUAAUCGUUAACGUUACCGACAGCCUGUUUUUUUUUUCAUUUUCGCUGAGCUGUCAAGCUGUUCAUCAGUAUCGGACUGCGACUGAUUUGCCUUUGUUAGCGUGCUAACAUAGCCAAACAACGUAACUGCCAGUCCAACGCCUAUACAUCCGGUAAUAGUAGCAAUGUUUAGCCCCGUGAAGUCUUCUUAUUUCAGAGUCAGCCCGGCCAUUGUCAACAGAGAACUCGGCAAGACAAAGAUGAGAUAGCAAAGAGGGCACAUCGGAGUGCUAACACACGAUUUACUACGUGGCAGAGUCCCCGCAUAACUGAGAGAAAACGGAGUAAAUAACUCACACAGCAUGUUUGGGAAUCUUUUCGAGGAAGAGGAGGAGGAAGGUUUCUCUUCGACUUCCUCCAGGGGGAGAGCUGCAAAGGGGGGAGACGAGCCACCUCCGCCCCGAGGAAGAAGCAAUCUGUGCGGCAUCAAGAACCAGGGGGGCACCUGCUACCUCAACUCUCUGCUCCAGACCCUGCUGUUCACCCCAGAGUUCAGAGAGGAGCUGUUCAGUUUGGGGCCAGAGGAAUUAGGAUGCCUGGAAGACAAAGAGAAACCAGGGGCCGAAGUCAGAGUGAUCCCACUGGAGCUGCAGAGACUGUUUGCCAGUCUGCUGCUGGUGGACCAGCAGAGCGCCUCCACCGCCGACCUCACCAACAGUUUUGGCUGGAACAGCAGCGAGGGAACAAAUCAGCACGAUGUACAGGAGCUGAACAGGAUUUUGUUCAGUGCGUUGGAGCACUCUCUUGUGGGCACCACUGGUAGUACAUUUAUACACCGGCUGUAUCAUGGGACCAUUGUCAACAGCAUUGUCUGCAAGGAGUGUGGUAACGUCAGCCAGAGACAGGAAGACUUCCUGGACCUGACAUUGUGUGUUUGUGGCGUGUCGAGCCUGGAGGAGGCUUUGUGGAACAUGUUUGUGGAGGAAGAGUUGUUUGAGGGCAAUAACCUGUACCGCUGUGCACAGUGUGACAGGCUGGUCACUGCUGCUAAGUCUGCCAAGCUGAGCAAGCUCCCUCCAUUCAUGACCAUGUCUUUGCUGAGAUUCAGCUUUGAUUUUGCCAAAUGUGAGCGAUACAAGGAGACGGGACGCUACAGUUUCCCCUUCACCAUCAACCUACGGCCAUUUUGUGAACAGACUGAUGCAGAGGACUCUGAUUACUCCUACGAGCUGUUCUCUGUGAUUAUCCACAAGGGCGGCUGCUAUGGUGGCCAUUACCAUGUUUAUAUCAGGGACAUUGACCAGCUCGGCCAAUGGGAGCCACCGGAGAAGGAAAGUAAACCCAAGACUAAGAAGAAAGUCAAGGAGGAGGUCAAGGAAGUGUGUGAGCCAAAACUAAAAGAAGAUGACCCUUUGUCUGUCCUCACUGCUAUUAUUGCCGAGGAGCCAUCAAAGAGUGUCCUAUUGGACCAGCUGGGACAGAAACUUAUGGAUAAGAUUGGUUCACCCUGGAGCAAAAAGUUCAGAAAACACUGUGGUCCCAUAGGAAAGUUCCUGCAGUCCCACAAUGAUGUUUUCAUGUUGGUGUCCAAUGGUACUCGAGUGGCACUGAAGGCAAACCCACCAAGCCCUGUGACUGAGCCCCCCAGCCCAGCAGAGCAGACCACAAUCUCUGAUCCUUCAACACCUUCACACCCCAGAGCUGCUGAACAACAGCCAGAGCCUGAACAAGAGCAGGGUAGCCACUGGUUUGACCUUAACGACUCCACGGUGACCUCCAUCAGGGAGUCUGACAUAGAGAAGCAGUUCCAGGGCAAAGAGAGUGCAUACAUGCUGUUCUACAGAAAAACACAGCUGCACAGGCCCAGUGAAGCUCUGAACAAUCCUCAAUUCAAAGUACCUCUUCACCUCAUCCAGAUGGCUCAGGAGGAAAAUAUCAAACUGCAACAAAUGCGUGAGGAGUUUGAAGCCACUAAUAACACUGUGGAGUUGCGUCUCCACCUGGCACCCAGUUAUAGGCUAGAUAAUGGAGCCCUGCAACCAGUCAGCAAAGAGCAGAACGGGAGCACCACUCUGAGUUUCGACUGUAGAAAGACUGUGGGAGAUCUUCGAUUAGCUAUUUAUCAGAUGCAGGAACUCUGGGAAGGGGAUAUGGCUCUGACUGUGGCCAAGAGUCUUCCUGCAGGUCUACAUCUCUACAAUACUGUUACAGAUGACAGUGUCUCCCUCUACAGUGCAGGCAUUCACACAAACUCUGAUCUGUUUGUGUGGAACGGCAGAGAGGUGUGCGGUGCGACUGUCCUAACUGGAGCCGAGUGGGAGCCAGUGCUGCUGACCGUAGUCCGUCCCUUUUUGGGGGAAGAUGGGGAUCAGGAAGUGGAGGAUGGGGUGGAGUGUGAGGAGGGAAAAGGAGGUUUUGAAAAUGGGGGGUCGGGGCUUAAAAGGGAAGCGAGAGGGUUUGCAGGUGGUUCGACUCUUGGGGAGGUGAGGGAGGCACUGGGGGAGCCUAAGGAGAGUCUGCUUUGCCAGGUGCAUAAGAGAGGAAAGCGAGGAGAGCAGGGGGCAGGAGAGGGAGGAGGGGCAAGUGGCUGGAGGUUGUUCCCCCCCGAUGACAUGCAACGGACGCUAAAGGAGCUGUCGCUGAAAGACGGAGACGCGCUGUUGGUGCUGGAGCCACAGUCAUUCGACAGCAGCGUGUUCACUCUCAACGGAGACGUCGUCACUGUGACUACACCGUCUGACUGCCGCUGGCUUCAGGUGGAGUUUCGACCACAUGAAGAAGGGGAGAAAGAAGAUGAGAGGAGGAAGAUCAAGGUUCCAGCUACAGGAAAUAUGCUGCUAUGUGAGGUGAAACAGCGGGCCAUAGAGGAGCUGCAGCUACAGGAGCAACUCCCAGGUGCACAGUACUGUCUGAGACAGGUGGACUGCACAGGGAAACUCCUUCCUCCAGUGUGUGAGGAGUUGAGUGUUCGGGAUGCAGGGGUGCGACUCAUGACCACACUGACUCUCUGUCCGGGAAAUGCCCCCAAGGCAUCACAGCUUUUCUUGCACUUCUCUGUGGGGAUGGUGCCCUCUGCUGGCAUGGAGAUGGACAUUAUUGUGGAGAAUACCUGUACUGUCAAAGAGUGUCUAAAGUCAAUGCUGGAUGCUGUUGGACUUGAUGGCACCUGCUGGCACUUGAGGAGACUCGAUUGGUGUGAAGAGGUUGGAGAGCCACUCAUGGAUGAGGAUGCUUCUCUGUCAGAGCUGAAGAUAAGCAAUGGAGACACUUUAGUCGUCACAGAAGGACAACUUCCUCCAAAGGGUUUUCUCAAGCUAUCUGUUUGGCUGUAUCUGGAUCCCAGAAACGACUCAGCGGUUUCCAUGGAAACUGAUUUUAAUCAAACUGACAAUGGCCACACUGAGGAGCAAAUGCUGGAGUUUGUGACUGCAGGUGAAACGCGCAGUCACUCACCUCCUCUGUGUGCCGGCAACAUGGCAGAGCUGAGAAGUGUAGGACAGGUGGAGAUAUCAGACGAGGCCACCCUGGAGGAUCUCAAGACUCAGGUGAUGACGCUGCCUGCCCUUCAGGAUGUGUGUAUGCCAACCACUGCGUUCAUGCGUGUGUGGCAGCUUGAGGGACGGAGGUUGGCACGUAUCCUCAGAGGACAACAACUCACACUCAGGAAAUUGAAGCUGACCAAUGGUACAGACCUUAGUGUGCAACCGCUACUAAAAGAGGAAGAUCUUGGGCCUAAGGAGGUGUUGCUGAAUGUUAAAAUGAGAGUACCAGGGGAGAGAUGUUACUACCCUCCAGAGGAGCUGGUUUGGGAUGCAUCUCGUGACUCUUCCCCUCGCUCUCUACGCACUUGUCUGGCUGCACACUAUGGCCUCUCCCCUGACUCUCUGCUGUUGGCCAAACACCAGCCAGACAAACACACCUGGGAAGAAAUCUCAAACUGGAGCCGGCAGGUUUCCAAAAAGAAAAAGAAGAAAAAGGCAGAAUCACUACUGGGAGCACCAUUUCACCUCAAAGAUGGCGACACAAUCGGCAUCAAGAAUCUUUUGAUCGACAACAACAGGGAGUUCCUCACCCUGGAUGAUGAGCAGGGCCAGCAGAGGCUCAGAAGGCAAGCAGAGCAACGCAGGAAAGGAGGGCAGGCUGCAGGCUCUGAUGGUGUUGGACCACAGAAGAAUACUGGACCAACCAAAUCCAGGAAACCAGAGGUGGCGUUGUCAAUCAAUGUUGGGGUAUUCAGAUAGCAUCCUGCUCCGAUGGGUGCAUGGACAAAUCAGAACUACCUAUAAAACCACACGCACACACAGAUGCCACGUUGCAGGACAAUCCACUUGACGUUUGUCUUGUGCCAUUUUUUUUCUCUUGUUUCUCCACAAAUCUUUCAAAUCCAUCUAAAAUCUAAUUCUAAAUUAAUUUCUGCUUCUCACCUGCCUGGUUUGUUGACUGGAAGAGAAGGAAUUUCAUUUUGGCACUUUGAUUUGCUGUUUUGUAACAACUGACUGUAUUUUGCAUUAUGUUUAUGCAAUAUUACUGGGUUUGUUAUCUUGUUUCGUCUCUCUACAAGCUUUCAAAAUUACGUAACUAAUUUGUAACCUUAUACAUUAAGUAUCAGCCCAGAGAAAACAGUUUCUACUUGCUAUUAUAGGCUGGUAGUUAUAUACUAAAACUUGUGCUAAAUGGAGUUUCUAUGUCAUAUACUGUUUUUGUAUAAACUGUAGCAAUCAGGGUGAAAAAUGUAUACUUGCAGCCAGUGGUUUUUAACUUCUGACUUGUUUAAUCAGUUACCCAGUACAACAAGCCACUAUAGUAGGAAAUCAACCAUCACUAGGUCUCGUUGUUGCUCAUAAGGUAACUUGUUUUAAGUGAUGCUUAUUUUUUGUCAUGAACCUUUCACUGUGCGCAGAGAACAAAAAACGUUUAUCUGGAUCAUGGGUUUGUUUUAGGUUGAUAAGGGAGAGGAGAGAUAGGCCUUAAUGUGGAGAAGCCUCAGUGCUGCUCUGUCCUCCCUACCUCACUCUCUACCUCUCUCAUUCUACCUCUGCUGCCCUGUCGCCCCCCCCCCCAAUUCUUACUGUAAUUCAUAAUUUUAUUUUCCUAACCUCAAACUGUUCAAGCCCCUGCUCUCAGUCAACUACAGUUAAAAAAGUAUUUCAGUGUCACGUAGUUUUGAUAAUUUGGCUCUGUGCAUUUUCCAACUGUUAAAGUGUACAAUGUCUGCUUUUGUUUACUUGCAGUCAUAUUCUGUAAAUGAUUAAAUAACUUAAUUGUCUUUUUAUUGGACAUUAUCCAAUUAUCCUCUUUAGAGAUGACUGUCUUCGCUUUUACCUCAAUCUAUCAUUUCAUAUUCAAGGAAUAACUGUAUGGAGCCAAACGUUAUUGUGUUAUGUAACCAUCUAUGACGGCAGAUAAAUUUGCUGCUCCAGAAAUAUACUGUAAAACAACAAAUUCAAAUCCUUUGUCACUAUUUUCAUUGAUUAUGCAGAAGUUAAGAUCCCUGAGUUGCUACAUGAGUUUUCAUUGUGGAACAUUUAAUGUUUCUUUUGCAUGCACUAUAUGUGAACUUCAGGGAGGUAAAAAUUAUUCUUGUAGAUAAUUUAUUUGAAAAAAGUGACAAAAUAAUGUUUUUACUGUAUGAAUUGUGAUGUUUUUUUUUUGAGAAAUCUGAUUUUGUUAUAAAUGAUUUUCUAUGCUGCUUGCAGGUUUUGUUUCAUGUAAUAAUCUGGCCUUUAUCAGUGCCAAGAAUUUGCAAGCAGAUGCAGGAAAACUGACAAUAUACUCAGCAAUAGUGAAAUUUCAUUUUGUAUCAUUUACUAGUGUUAUUGAUAAGGACUGAUCCUACUGUAUUAUGACAGUGGACAUCUGUUUGAAUCUGUGUCAGAUUGUAUCUGCAAGAAGUAUUUUAUCAACAAUAAAGGUAUACAGUAGUAA